CGAUCAGUUUCAAAAGAUACGCCAAACAGUUCAAAACGUUCUCAAGCGCUGGGAAAAAAGCAAAAAUAAGACAAAAUCCAAACAAAAGUUCGGAAGUUCGCGUUCUUCGAAUCGAAAACAAAAGUAAAAUUGUUAAAUAAUUUCCAAACAAACACAGUCGCACACAAAAUGCACAGCAAAUUGUUGGACGAGCUGAACGAGAAUGGCUAUAUUGUCAUCGAGGAUUUCCUCACGCCCGAGGAAGUGGACUCCCUGUUCCAGGCGGGAAGGGCCCUGUGCCUGGAUGCGCCGCAGAACAACAGGAAAAUCUUCAGCACCAUAAAGCAGGAGGAUGCCCAGGGCAAGGAGAUGUACUUCAUGGAGUCCGGGGACAAGGUGCGCUACUUCUUCGAGAAGGGGGCGGUGGGCGAGGAGGGUCAGCUGCUGGUGGACCCCAUGAUUGCCCUAAACAAAGUGGGUCACGCCCUGCAUGUGGAGCAUCCCACCUUCAAUGCGAUCACAUUCAGCAACCGUGUUCGCGAGAUCUGCUGGCAGUUGAACUACAAUAAGCCCGCCGUCUGCCAGAGCAUGUACAUCUACAAGAAUCCCGGAGUGGGCGGAGAAGUGACGCCCCAUCAGGACUCGUGGUUCCUGCACACGGACCCCAACUCGGCGGUGGGCUUCUGGAUGGCCCUCGAGGACUGCACCCUGCAGAACGGCUGUCUGCAGUUCAUCAAGGGAUCGCACAAGAGCGGCGUCCACAGGCGGUACAUGCGCAAUCCCGACAAAGACGCCAGCGAACUGAUGGUCUACGAUCGGGCAGCUCCCAUCUAUCCGCAGUCCAGCUUCACGCCGAUGCAAGUCUCUAAAGGCACUUGCAUCCUCAUCCACGGAAAUGUGGUGCACAAAAGUGAGCCGAAUCGGUCGCAGAAGAGUCGCCACGCCUACACUUUCCACGUCAUUGAGACUGAGAAUAACGUCAAGUAUUCAGAAGACAAUUGGCUGCAGGCGCCGAAGGACAAGCCAUUCCCCGUCCUUUUUGAGCGCAAGGCCUGAGGAUCUGACUGGGAUCGCAGUUCGGUAUUUUCGCAUAUAAGUCACUAGUAAAUCUUUAAGUUUCGUUGUACAUGCCGCCAAAAUGUAUGCAGUAAUUGUAAAUGUAAUAAAUGAAUUUCCUAUAAA